AUGCGGGCUUGUUGGGACGAGGUGCAGGUGCUGAAAGCGUUGUGUCGCCCCUCCUCACACGACGAGCAGCCACAACAACAACGACAACAAUGCCACGGCCGCAGCAGCAGCAGCAGAGACGGUUGCGGAGAUGUAGCGGCGCCCUCCAUGCCGUGGCACCGUGCGUUGGGCGACUCGUCGGAUUACUGGGGACGGGUGGGGCGCUUCAACACACUCAUCGCGCACGUGCCGCACCCUGAUCACCAGGCGAUAGUGAUGCCCAUCCUUGGCGCCUCGCUGCUCGAUGUCCUGCGGAGGAUCUCCCACGCCGUUGAAAGGGUGUCGCGGAACACCCGCCCUGCCAGUGCUAUCGAACAGGGAGGCUCACCGCGGCAGGGUGUCGUUGUUGUUGAUGUGGAUUACAAUGGCAUGCCGCUCUCCCUGGUGCGCCCGGUGCUUUACCAGAUCCUUUUAUUCCUACAGCACGCCCACCGCCGGGGAAUUGUGCACACAGACCUCAAGCCAGAGAAUAUUCUGUUCGAGUCGUGCGGCAGACUCCAAAAGCGGCUGAAUGUUGAACAGCUUCGCUACUCCUACGCGGCGUCGCAGUCCACAGAAAGAUGGCAGCAGCAGCAGCAGCAGCAGUCAACGUAUUUUCGUAGCGACAGCGGCGCUCACGGCUCCUACGCGUGCCCCCCGUUGCGUGAAGUGGGUAGAAGCAGCAUGGUUGUGGACGUCGCGCUGCCCAUGACGAACAGCGUGCGUGUGAUUGAUCUUGGCGCCGCCGAGUUUCUCAGCAGCUGCCACUCUGUCAGCGCGCUGGACGGCGUCACACGCGUCUUCCAGCACCGCAUCCAGACAACCCACUACCGCAGCGUGGAGGUGCUGCUUGGUCUCGGCUGGGCGGCCUCCACCGACAUCUGGUCGCUCGGCUGCAUGAUCCCCGAGCUGCUCACUGGCGCCUGCGUUUUCAUGCCGAAGAGCGACCUCGAGCACCUUGCGCUGAUGCAACACAUCAUUGGCGCCUUUGACUCUGUUGAAAACGUGUCGCACGGCGACAACGGCAAAAACAGUAUGGUCCGUCGUGUGUUUUGCAAGGGGACGCACUUCGGUAAGUACUUCAACACAUCCACCAUGCAGCUAGCGUGGCCUCCAGCUCCAAUCGAAGGGCGGCAGCGGCGCGGGGAGGUGGAGAAAGAGGUGCGUUACGUCAAGUCACAGCCGACACUGCAGGAGGUGCUUGGGCCGUACCCUCAGCUGCAUGAUUUGUGCCGGCGGAUGCUCGACUACGACCCCCGGUGCCGCAUCACUGCGGAGGAAGCGCUGCAGCACCCUUUCUUUACGACCCCCGAAUGA